AUGUCGAGUAACCCUUUCGUCUUCUUGAUCCAGGUAAGAAAGCAUUUUGACAAAUGUUACAAAAGUAACGAAACCUGUCUUGUAGUGCUGCCAUGCCCAGGCCAAGUAAUCGCUGGGGUUCAGGAAAAAAUAUCGACAUUUGAAGAUACCAUUACUAGUCUUCAACUAAAGGUGGACGACCUCGAAAAUAGAAGCAGGAGAUCAAAUUUAAUUAUUUAUGGCAUUCCGGAAGGAGAAGACGAGAGAGCUAAUGACCUAGAUUUAAAAAUAUCCGAAAAACUUAUUAAAGGUACUCUCGGUGUCACGAUCUCAGGAGUUGAGAGAAUGCAUCGCUUAGGCACUAAAACAGAAAACAAAACGCGACCUGUUAUCCUCAAGUUACAAUGUUUUGUGGACAAGGCGAAAAUAAUGAAAAACUGCUACAAGCUUAAGAAUUCCAAUGUGUCUGUUGGCGACGAUUUUUCACUCCGUGUGCGUAACAUUCGAAAGAAACUUUGGGAGAGCAGCAAGAGCGACCGAGAUAAGGGUGAAAAAGUUACACUUGUGUACGACAAGAUUAAGAUCAAUGGCCAAGUGUACGUCUGGGACGAACACAAACAAGCCAGAGUAGUCACGGGAAAGAAACCUUUCGUCCGAAAGGCAAGAAACUGA